CUAAAUCAAAACCAUCAGUUGGUCAAAAGUGCAAAAAAACUGGUGGCGAAGAGAAAAUAAUCGUCGUAAUACUCACCAGUGUGUUUGAAUUGUUAAAAAUUGUUUGUCUUUAUAUGUACUAAACUUUUUAUUUAGCCCCAAAAUGGGGGACUCUUUAGAAUCCACGGAAGCAAGCCACGAAACGCAAAAUGUGGCUCUAGUUGAUUUUACAGCAUUUACAAACUUUAUUUUAAAAGCAGCCACUGUUCUUUUGCCGGAAGAUGACGGCCAAGCCGAGCCGGCAAACCUAGUGGCUGCUAUAGAUGAUAAAACAAAUCAGGAAUGUAUAAGAAAAUUCAUAAGUGAUUCGCAAAUUGCAACUUUGUACAUACAGAGGAACUCUUCCAAAGAUGAUGACAGUGUUCAACCGCCAGAGGGCGAGGAAGAAAAAGAGCCAGUUACAUAUUACGUCAGCAAUGAAGUCCAUUAUUCGAACUCAAAAAUGUCCAGUUUAGUAUGCAUUAAGAGAGGCCCAGUGAUCGAAGCUGAUAAAAGUAUUAGAGCCCAAGUUCGGCUGAUGAAUUUCAGCGAUGGCUCACCGUACGAAAUAUUACAUGAUUAUGUCAGUAGAACAGUUGCACCAUUUUUUAAAUCUUAUGUCAAAGAAUCUGGCAGAGCUGAUCGGGAUGGGGAUAAAAUGGCUCCGGCAGUCGAAAAAACCAUCGCUGAACUCGAAAUGGGUCUUUUACAUCUGCAGCAAAACAUUGAUAUUCCCGAAAUAACCCUACAAGUACAUCCAUAUGUAGCAAGUCUAAUCAAACAAUGUGCAGAUGAAGGCAGAAAACCAAAAGUAGCUGAUUUUAGUGACAAAGUAGAUGAUUCCAACUUUUUGAACCAGUUGCAACAUGGUGUAAAUAGGUGGAUCAAGGAAAUCCAAAAGGUUACAAAAUUGGAUAGAGAUCCAGCCUCUGGAACAGCCUUACAAGAAAUCAGCUUUUGGUUGAACCUAGAAAGAGCUCUUCAUCGAAUUCAAGAGAAACGUGAAAGUAUGGAAGUUGCGUUAACUUUGGAUAUUCUCAAACAUGGAAAAAGAUUCCACGCAACUGUUUCGUUUGAUACAGACACUGGUCUUAAACAAGCCAUAGCUACCGUUAACGACUACAAUCCCCUAAUGAAAGACUUCCCUAUUAACGAUUUAUUAGCAGCUACAGAACUGGAGAGAAUCAGAGCCGCUGUACAACUGAUUUUCGCCCAUUUGAGAAAAGUGAGAUCAACGAAGUAUCCCAUUCAGAGAUGUUUGAGGCUCGUUGAAGCUAUUUCAAGAGACUUGGGUGCCCAAUUACUCAAAGUUUUGGGCACGAGAAGACUGAUGCACAUUCCGUUUGAUGAAUUUGAGAAAGUUAUGACUCAAUGUUUUGAGGUGUUCUCCAUAUGGGAAGAUGAAUAUGAGAAGCUGCAAGCUCUAUUAAGAGAUAUCAUGAAGAAGAAACGUGACGAACACAUGAAAAUGGUCUGGCGUAUCUCACCUCAGCACAAGAAACUCCAAAGUAGGAUGGAUCAGAUGCGCAAAUUCCGAAGACAACACGAACAAUUAAGAACUGUCAUCGUUCGAGUUUUAAGGCCCAGUAUCAAAGAAAACGCUGUGCCAAUUGAAGGAGGCGACAUCGAACCACCGAAGCCGACGUUCUCUCUUGAUGCAGCCGAUGCUAAUGCCAUAGAGGAAGUGAAUUUAGCAUAUGAAAAUGUCAAAGAAGUAGAUUGUCUAGAUAUCUCCAAGGAAGGACAAGAUGCUUGGGAUGCUGCCGUUCAAAGAUAUGAAGAACGUAUUGACAGAGUCGAAACCAGAAUCACAGCUCACCUUCGUGAUCAACUCGGUACUGCUAAGAAUGCCAACGAGAUGUUCAGAAUCUUCUCUCGUUUCAAUGCUCUCUUCGUUAGACCUCACAUCAGAGGGGCCAUCAGAGAAUAUCAGACGCAUCUUAUACAAAGGGUAAAAGAUGACAUCGAAGCUCUUCAUGAAAAGUUUAAGGUGCAAUACCCGCAGAGUAAUAGCGCCAAAAUAAGCAAAGUAAGAGACCUUCCUCCUGUCGCUGGUUCUAUAGUGUGGGCGAAACAAAUUGAUCACCAACUUACCACAUACUUGAGACGUGUAGAGGAUGUUUUAGGUAAAGGCUGGGAAAACCAUAUAGAAGGACAAAAACUUAAGGCUGAUGGAGACAGCUUCCGUCUCAAACUUAAUACCCAAGAAAUAUUUGACGAUUGGGCUCGUAACGUUCAACAGCGCAACUUAGGCGUCUCCGGAAGAAUAUUUACCAUCGAAGCAGUCCGUUCAAGAAGUGGUAGAGGCAACGUGUUGAAACUGAAAGUCAACUUCCUACCAGAAAUCAUAACUUUGGCAAAAGAAGUUAGAAAUCUGAAAUGUCUGGGAUUCAGAGUGCCCUUGGCUAUUGUCAACAAGGCGCAUCAGGCCAACCAACUGUAUCCAUUUGCCAUUUCACUCAUCGAGAGUGUUAGGACAUACGAGAUGACGCUUGAGAAGAUUGAAGACAAAGCCAGCAUUAUACCUCUUGUAGCAGGCAUGCGAAAAGAGGUUCAGCAAGUUAUUGCGGAGGGCAUACAACUCGUCUGGGAGAGUUACAAGUUGGAUCCUUAUGUACAACGUCUUUCAGAUCUGGUCGUAAGUUUUCAAGAGAGGGUAGAAGAAUUGGUAUUAGUAGGUGAACAGUUAGAAGUCGACGUAAGAUCCUUGGAGACCUGUCCAUAUUCUGCUAACACAUUUGCUGACAUUCUUUCGAAGAUUCAACAUGCUGUCGAUGAUCUGUCUCUGAAACAGUACUCGAACUUACACAUCUGGGUCAGCAGAUUAGACGAAGAGGUUGAGAAGAAUUUAGCAAGACGUCUACAAGCUGGAGUGGAAGCCUGGACCGAUGCACUGAGCGGCCACAAGAAGGAAAUCGAUCACAGCAUGGAUACCGACGCACCUGCUCAACCGACACACAAACCAGGAGGAGAUCCUCAGAUCCAAACUAUGGUUCAUGAAGUUAGAAUAACAAACCAAACUAUGUAUCUGUACCCAAGCAUCGAAGAAGCCAGAUUUUUGAUCAUGCAACAGUUGUUUGCAUGGCAAGCUAUCGUUACAUCCCAGCAGAGGUUGCAAAGUAGCAGGUAUCAAGUUGGCGUCGAUAAACCUGUUACAGAAACCUACAGAAAUAUAUUAACGAAGUUGCCAGGUGGAGCUCAACCUCUGAACCAGGCUUACAGUGCAAUUGCUUCUAAAAUUAAAGAGGUUCAAAACUACGUGAAUGAAUGGUUGACCUAUCAAUCGCUUUGGGACUUGCAAGCUGAUAAUCUUUACGGAAAACUGGGAGAAGAUAUUGGCAAAUGGAUGGAAUGUUUAAAUGAUAUCAAAAAAACCCGUACGACAUUCGACACUUCAGACACCCGUCGUGAAUUCGGUCCCAUUAUUAUCGACUUCGCCAAAGUCCAAAGCAAAGUCUCUCUAAAAUACGAUUCAUGGCACAAAGAAACUUUAAGCAAAUUCGGUGGUCUACUUAGUAACGAAAUGACAUCUUUCCACGCCAAUGUUUCGAAGUCAAGAUCAGACUUGGAACUCCAAAGCAUCGAGGCUGCCAGUACCUCAGACGCCGUUAGCUUCAUUACUUACGUUCAACAGUUAAAACGAAACAUGAAGGCUUGGGAGAAGCAGGUUGAUAUUUACAAAGAGGGUCAGAGGAUUUUAGAACGACAGAGAUUCCAGUUUCCGACAAAUUGGUUACACGUGGAGAACUUGGAAGGAGAAUGGGGCGCUUUCAACGAAAUCAUAAAACGUAAGGAUUCUAGCAUUCAAACCCAAGUAGCCAGUCUCCAGCAGAAGAUCGUAUCCGAAGACAAAGCAGUGGAGAGUCGCACGAAUGACUUCUUAAACGAUUGGGAAAAGAGCAAACCUGUCGAAGGACAUCUCAGACCAGAUGACGCCUUGUCACAACUGCAACUAUUUGAAAGCAAAUUUUCCAGACUCAAAGAAGAAAGGGACAAUGUUGCCAAGGCCAAAGAAGCUCUCGAGCUUCAAGAUCCUGGCGGUAUAAGCACCAGCGAGGACAGAAUGCAAGUCGUCUAUGAAGAACUCCAAGACCUGCGAGGUGUUUGGUCCGAAUUAUCAAGAAUAUGGCAACAAAUAGAUGAAACUAGAGAAAAACCAUGGCUUUCGAUUCAACCAAGGAAGCUCAGACAGCAGUUAGACGCUCUAAGUACACAAUUGAAGGAACUACCAGCAAGAUUGAGGCAAUAUGCUUCGUAUGAGUACGUCAAGAAAACUCUACAGACAUAUACCAAGGUUAACAUGCUCAUAGUUGAGCUUAAAUCUGAUGCUCUAAAAGAACGUCAUUGGAAGCAACUGAUGAAACAAUUACGAGUAAACUGGAUCUUAUCAGAUUUAACACUAGGACAGGUUUGGGACGUAAACCUACAAAAGAACGAAGCUAUUGUUAAAGAUAUCAUUCUGGUAGCCCAAGGAGAAAUGGCCCUGGAAGAAUUCUUGAAGCAAGUUCGCGAGUCCUGGCAGAAUUACGAACUUGACCUCAUUAACUAUCAGAACAAGUGCAAACUGAUCAGAGGAUGGGACGAUUUGUUUAACAAAGUCAAGGAACACAUCAAUUCCGUAGCAGCUAUGAAGCUGUCACCAUAUUACAAAGUUUUUGAAGAAGAAGCAUUGACCUGGGAAGAAAAAUUGAAUCGUAUUAAUGCUUUGUUUGAUGUUUGGAUCGACGUACAGAGAAGAUGGGUUUACCUCGAAGGAAUCUUCUCAGGUAGUGCCGAUAUUAAAACUCUUCUACCAGUGGAAACCUCCCGAUUCCAAAGCAUCAGUUCUGAAUUUUUGGGAUUGAUGAAAAAGGUUAGCAAAAGUCCCAUGGUAAUGGACGUAUUAAAUAUUCCAGGAGUGCAACGAGCUUUAGAAAGAUUAGCUGAUUUAUUGGGCAAAAUACAAAAAGCUUUAGGAGAAUAUCUAGAAAGAGAACGUACUUCAUUCCCUAGGUUUUAUUUCGUUGGAGAUGAAGAUUUAUUGGAAAUUAUAGGAAACAGCAAGAACAUCGCUAGACUUCAAAAACACUUUAAAAAAAUGUUUGCUGGAGUUGCUUCUAUACUUUUAAAUGAAAACAACACCAUAAUUACGGGUAUAGCUUCAAGAGAAGGUGAAGAAGUUCACUUCAACAACCCAGUGUCGACUGUAGAUCAUCCAAAGAUAAACGAAUGGCUCACAAUGGUAGAGAAAGAGAUGCGUGUCACUUUAGCUUCAAAUUUAACCCAAGCUGUACAAGAUAUCAAGCAAUUUAAAGACGGCAUUGACUCAAAGACUUACAUGCAAUGGGUCGAUAAAUACCAGGCGCAAAUAGUUGUCCUCGCUGCUCAAAUAUUGUGGAGCGAAGAUGUAGAAGCUGCUCUUGUGAAAAUGAACAGCGAACCUCAAAAAGGUCCCCUCGAAAAAGUACUCCAACAAGUAGAAAAUACACUCAACGUACUGGCUGAUUCGGUUCUUCAAGAGCAACCUCAACUCAGAAGAAAGAAAUUGGAGCAUCUCAUAAACGAAUUCGUACACAAAAGAACUGUUACUAGAAGACUGAUCGCAAACGGAGUUUGUAGCAACAAAGCAUUCGAAUGGUUGUGUGAAAUGAGGUUCUACUUUGAUCCAAGACAGACCGAAGUUUUAAAACAAUUAACGAUCCAUAUGGCAAAUGCGAGGUUCUAUUAUGGAUUUGAGUAUUUAGGAGUUCAAGAUAGGCUGGUGCAGACGCCGUUGACAGACAGAUGUUAUUUGACCAUGACUCAAGCUCUGGAAGCUCGUUUGGGAGGUUCGCCUUUCGGUCCGGCUGGUACCGGUAAAACUGAAUCAGUCAAAGCUCUCGGCAAUCAGUUGGGACGUUUCGUCUUGGUAUUCAAUUGCGACGAAACCUUCGAUUUCCAGGCCAUGGGAAGAAUAUUUGUGGGUCUCUGUCAGGUAGGAGCUUGGGGAUGUUUCGACGAGUUCAAUAGAUUGGAAGAAAGAAUGUUGUCGGCGGUUUCACAACAGAUUCAGACUAUUCAAGAAGCUUUGAAGUCGCAGAAAGAAGCUGCUGCUGAAGGUGUUACUACAGGCAGUAUUAGUGUAGAAUUGGUAGGAAAACAAGUGAAGGUGUCCCCAGACAUGGCUAUCUUCAUAACGAUGAACCCAGGCUAUGCAGGAAGAUCCAAUCUACCUGAUAAUUUAAAGAAAUUAUUCAGGUCUUUGGCUAUGACAACGCCAGACAGACAAUUGAUUGCCGAAGUUAUGUUGUUCUCACAAGGAUUCAGACAAGCCGAGAAAUUGGCUUCGAAGAUUGUUCCUUUCUUCAGGUUAUGCGACGAACAAUUAUCAAAUCAAUCUCACUACGAUUUCGGUUUGAGAGCCCUGAAAUCUGUACUUAUAUCUGCCGGUAACGUCAAGAGAGACCGAAUUCAGCGGAUUAAAGAAGGAAUGACCCAACGGGGGGAAACCAACAUUGAUGAAGCCAGCAUCGCUGAGAAUUUACCAGAGCAGGAAAUCUUGAUCCAAUCGGUGUGUGAAACCAUGGUACCCAAGUUGGUGGCUGAAGAUAUACCACUUCUCUUCAGUUUGUUGAAUGAUGUAUUCCCUAAUGUUCAGUAUACAAGAGCAGAAAUGAAAGGUCUUAAGGAUGAAAUCAGGAAAGUAUGUUCUGAAGAAUAUUUGGUAUGUGGAGAAGGUGACGAACGAGGAUCAGCUUGGAUGGAGAAGGUACUUCAACUUUACCAAAUAUCUAAUUUGAAUCACGGUUUGAUGAUGGUCGGUCCAAGUGGUUCCGGUAAGAGUUCGGCAUGGAGAGUUCUUCUUAAAGCUCUUGAACGGUUCGAAGGCGUUGAAGGAGUUGCACACGUCAUCGAUCCAAAAGCUAUUAGCAAAGAAGCUCUGUAUGGUGUUUUGGAUCCCAAUACCAGAGAAUGGACAGACGGUCUUUUUACUCACAUAUUAAGAAAAAUUAUUGACAACGUCAGGGGAGAAAUUAACAAACGUCAAUGGAUCAUCUUCGACGGUGACGUAGAUCCAGAAUGGGUAGAAAACUUGAAUUCAGUACUUGAUGACAACAAAUUGUUGACUUUGCCCAACGGCGAACGUCUUUCCCUGCCUCCAAACGUUAGGGUUAUGUUCGAGGUUCAAGACUUGAAAUAUGCGACACUAGCCACGGUUUCUCGUUGCGGUAUGGUCUGGUUCUCUGAAGAUGUCUUGUCAACUGACAUGAUUUUUGAAAACUAUAUCCUUCGUUUGAGGAAUAUACCCCUGGAAGAAAGCGAAGAUAGCAGCUUUGGCAAGAAAUCCGAUAAAGACGAUAUGCUUUCUCCCACUCUUCAACUACAAGUCGAUGUUGUCAAUCUACUGCAGCCGUACUUAUCACCCGAUGGUCUAGUCGUACGUUGUCUGGAAUAUGCGAUGGAACAAGAACAUAUUAUGGACUUCACACGUCUUCGAGCACUCAGCUCAUUAUUUUCUAUGUUAAAUCAAGCCGUAAGAAACGUUCUCCAAUAUAAUCACAUGCAUCCCGAUUUUCCAUUAACCAAUGAUGUUUUGGAUAAAUAUAUUCCAAAAUGUUUGAUAUAUUCCAUCCUUUGGAGUUUCGCUGGAGACGCCAAACUUAAGAUUCGUUCUGAUUUAGGAGAUUUUAUCAGGUCUGUAACAACAGUACCUCUUCCUCCAGACAACAACAUGCCCAUAAUCGACUACGAGGUCACCAUCGAGGGAGAAUGGUCGCUUUGGUCCAAUAAAGUACCACAAAUUGAGAUUGAGACUCACAAGGUCGCUUCACCUGAUGUUGUAGUUCCCACAUUGGAUACAGUAAGGCACGAAUCCUUGCUUUAUACUUGGUUAGCUGAACAUAAACCAUUAGUAUUAUGUGGCCCACCCGGUUCUGGUAAAACGAUGACUUUAUUCUCUGCCUUAAGGGCUUUACCUGAUAUGGAAGUUGUUGGCUUGAACUUUUCAUCUGCUACAACUCCUGAAUUGCUCCUGAAGACAUUCGACCACUACUGUGAAUACAGAAAAACGCCUAAUGGUGUGGUUUUGUCCCCAAUACAGCUGGGCAAAUGGUUGGUGCUAUUCUGUGACGAAAUAAAUUUACCAGACAUGGACAACUACGGCACCCAACGUGUUAUAAUGUUCCUGCGUCAAAUCGUGGAACAGAAAGGUUUUUACAGAGCCUCAGAUCAAUCCUGGGUCUCACUAGAACGUAUUCAAUUCGUUGGUGCUUGUAAUCCUCCAACUGAUCCAGGCAGGAAGCCACUAUCCCACCGUUUCCUGCGGCACGUACCCGUUAUUUAUGUAGAUUACCCAGGAGAGACAUCUUUGAAACAGAUCUACGGUACUUUCACCAGAGCUAUGCUAAGAUUGGCGCCUGGUCUGAAAGGUUAUGCCGAACCAUUGACUAACGCUAUGGUUGAAUUUUAUUUGGCAUCUCAAGAUAGAUUUACUCAAGAUAUGCAACCUCAUUAUGUUUACUCUCCAAGAGAAAUGACUAGAUGGGUAAGAGGAAUUUGUGAAGCCAUAAGACCUCUUGAUAAUCUUCAUGUUGAGGGUUUGGUAAGGCUUUGGGCCCACGAAGCUCUCCGUCUAUUCCAAGACAGAUUAGUCGAAGACACCGAAAGACGUUGGACUAACGAAAACAUUGAUGCUGUAGCGUUAAAACACUUCCCAUCAGCUAACUGUGAGAAAGCUUUGGAAAGACCCAUUCUUUACAGCAAUUGGUUAUCUAAGGAUUAUGUACCUGUUGGAAGAGAACAACUAAGAGAAUAUGUAAAGGCUAGACUAAAAGUUUUCUAUGAAGAAGAACUUGAUGUUCCUUUGGUGCUGUUCGAUGAGGUGUUGGACCAUGUUUUAAGGAUUGACAGAAUAUUCAGGCAACCUCAAGGUCACUUACUACUUAUCGGAGUUUCUGGUGCCGGAAAAACAACUCUGUCCCGAUUCGUAGCUUGGAUGAAUGGUUUAUCUAUAUUCCAAAUUAAAGUACACAACAAAUACACAGCGGAAGAUUUCGAUGAAGAUCUAAGAUCUGUUUUGAGAAGGAGUGGAUGCAAACACGAAAAGAUUGCUUUCAUUUUGGACGAAUCCAAUAUGUUAGACUCCAGUUUCUUGGAAAGAAUGAACACUUUACUAGCUAAUGGUGAAGUUCCUGGACUUUUUGAGGGGGAUGAAUAUACAACUCUUAUGACCCAGUGUAAGGAAGGUGCCCAAAGGGAAGGUUUAAUGUUGGAUUCCAAUGACGAAUUAUACAAAUGGUUUACGCAACAAGUAAUGCGUAAUUUGCAUGUUGUCUUCACCAUGAAUCCUUCUACCGAUGGUCUGAAAGAUAGAGCCGCCACAUCUCCAGCUUUGUUCAACAGAUGCGUCUUAAACUGGUUCGGUGACUGGUCAGAUGGAGCUCUCUUCCAGGUUGGUAAAGAAUUCACGAACCGUUUGGACCUUGAAAAACAAAGCUGGAGGUGUCCAGACUUCUUCCCCGCUGCUUGCAAUCAUAUCUCAGCAUCUCCUACUCAUAGAGAGGCUGUCAUCAAUGCCUGUGUGUAUGUACAUCAGACUCUCCACAAAGCCAACAGCAGAUUGGUUAAGAGAGGAAGCCGUACCAUGGCGAUUACUCCAAGACAUUACUUAGAUUUUAUUCAUCAUCUCGUUAAACUGUACAACGAGAAACGCUCAGAUCUGGAGGAGCAACAGUUGCAUUUGAAUGUUGGUCUGAAUAAGAUCGCCGAGACUGUAGAACAGGUUGAAGAAAUGCAAAAGAGUUUGGCCGUUAAAUCUCAGGAGCUACAGGCCAAAAAUGAAGCUGCCAACGCUAAACUCAGACAGAUGGUGAAGGAUCAACAAGAAGCCGAAAAGAAGAAAGUACAGAGUCAAGAGAUUCAGCAGCAGUUGGCUGAACAAACAAUUCACAUUGAACAGAAACGGUCAGAAGUAAUGGCUGAUCUAGAACAGGUCGAACCUGCCGUUAUUGAAGCCCAACUAGCUGUAAAAUCCAUCAAAAAACAACAGUUGGUAGAAAUCCGUAGUAUGUCUAACCCACCAGCUCUUGUGAAGUUGGCUUUGGAAUCUAUUUGUUUACUGCUUGGUGAAAAUGCUAGUGAUUGGAAAUCAAUCCGUGCUGUAAUUAUGAGAGACAACUUCAUCAACACCGUGGUUAACAACUUCAACACGGAAGAUAUUAGUGAUGAUGUAAGAGAAAAAAUGAAGAACCGCUAUCUUAGUAAUCCAGAUUACAACAUUGAUAAGAUCUACCACGCCAGUAACGCUUGCGGUCCACUUGUCAAAUGGGCUUGUGCCCAAGUUCAAUACGCAGACAUGCUGAAAAAGGUGGAGCCUCUCCGUGAAGAACUAAAAUCUCUAGAACAACAAGCUGAAACCAACCAAAAGAGAGGUGAAGAUGUUAAAGCACUCAUUAGCCAAUUGGAACAGAGUAUCGCUGCAUAUAAGGAAGAAUAUGCACAACUUAUAGCUCAGGCGCAGGCUAUUAAGACAGAUUUGGAAAAUGUACAGGCUAAAGUAGACAGGUCAAUAGCUCUUUUGAAAUCUCUGGUUAUCGAAAGAGAAAGAUGGGAAGCCAGCAGUGAGACCUUCAGAUCUCAAAUGUCUACCAUCAUCGGUGACGUUCUUCUAUCGGCUGCGUUUAUAUCAUAUGGCGGUUACUUUGAUCAGCAUUACCGUCAAAACCUGUUUAGCACUUGGUGUCAGCAUUUAACUCAGGCCAGCAUCCAAUACCGAGCAGAUAUCGCAAGAACGGAAUAUCUUUCCAAUCCAGACGAAAGACUUAGAUGGCAAGCUAAUGCUCUACCAACGGAUGAUUUAUGUACUGAGAACGCUAUUAUGUUGAAGAGGUUUAACAGAUAUCCUCUUAUUAUUGAUCCUUCUGGUCAAGCUACUGAAUUUAUAAUGAACGAAUUUAAGGAUAAGAAGAUUACCAAGACUAGUUUCUUGGAUGACUCUUUCAGGAAGAAUUUAGAAUCUGCUUUACGUUUUGGUAACCCUCUUCUGGUCCAAGACGUUGAAAAUUAUGAUGCUAUUCUUAACCCAGUACUUAACAGAGAAUUGAGAAGAACUGGAGGUCGUGUCUUGAUCACUUUAGGUGACCAAGAUAUCGAUUUGUCACCAUCGUUUGUUAUCUUCUUAUCAACUAGAGAUCCUACUGUAGAAUUUCCACCUGAUAUAUGCUCUCGAGUUACUUUUGUUAAUUUCACAGUUACUAGAAGCUCUCUCCAGAGCCAGUGCUUGAACCAAGUGCUUAAAGCCGAAAGACCAGACAUUGAUGCUAAGCGUUCAGAUUUAUUAAAACUACAAGGAGAAUUCCACUUACGACUGAGACAACUAGAAAAAUCUCUAUUACAGGCUUUGAACGACGCAAAGGGCAAAAUCUUGGACGAUGACAGUGUUAUUACCACUCUAGAAACCCUGAAACAAGAAGCAGCAGAAAUUGGCCAGAAAGUUGAAGAAACCGAUAAAGUUAUUUCUGAAAUUGAAACUGUAUCUCAACAAUAUCUACCGUUAUCACAGGCUUGCAGUAAUACCUACUUUACCAUGGACAGUCUUAACCAAGUUCAUUUCUUGUAUCAAUAUUCACUCAAGAUGUUCUUGGAUGUUUUUGCCACUGUUCUGCAUAAUAACGCUCAGCUGGAUGGAAUCAGCGAUUACCAAGCUAGAUUGAAUCUCAUCACCUCAAAUUUAUUCUCUGUUGUGUAUGAGAGGGUAGCAAGAGGUAUGCUCCAUAACGAUCGACUUACAUUUGCAAUAUUACUCUGUAGAAUCCACUUGAAAGGACAGCUAACUGAACCGAAUUUGGAUCAAGAAUUCAACUUCUUCCUUAGAGGCAAAGAAGGUGUUUUCAAUAAUACAGGUGCAUUCGCUACAGAUGGAUUGAACAGCGAACAGCAAGAAGCCGUCAUUAGAUUAUCGACGAAAUUACCAACAUUUAAGAAAUUAGCGAAUCAAAUAAAGGACAUGCCUGAGUUUGGAGCUUGGUUGCAACAAGGAAGUCCCGAACAAGCAGUUCCACAAUUGUGGAUUGAGGAAAAACAACUCAGUGCAGUGGGUAGAGCAAUGUACCAACUGUUGGUUAUCCAAGCCUUCAGACCCGAUAGAGUAAUAGCUGCAGCUCACAACUUCGUAUCAGUCGUUCUCGGAGCGGACUUCAUGUACCUGGCAGAAAAAGAACUUGAGUUUGCUGCAUGCGUCGAAAAAGAGAUUAGGUCUAACGUUCCAGCACUUCUAUGCUCGGUUCCCGGUUUCGACGCUUCUGGUCGUGUCGAUGAUCUUGCAGCCGAACUCAACAAGCAAAUAUCCAGCAUUGCUAUCGGAUCUGCCGAAGGAUUCAACCAGGCUGAUAGAGCUAUUAAUAUGGCCUGCAAGACUGGAAGAUGGGUCAUGCUAAAGAAUGUGCACUUGGCUCCUCAAUGGUUAGUCCAGUUGGAGAAGAAGCUUCACUCACUUCAACCUCACGCCAACUUUAGACUAUUCCUCACUAUGGAAAUUAAUCCAAAACUACCAGUUAAUCUUCUUAGAGCCGGAAGAAUUUUUGUAUUCGAACCUCCACCGGGUAUUAGAGCUAACCUAUUGAGAACAUUCAGCACAGUUCCAGCCAGUAGGAUGAUGAAAGCACCAAACGAAAGAGCAAGGCUUUACUUCUUGUUGGCGUGGUUCCAUGCUAUUGUCCAGGAAAGGUUGAGAUAUUGUCCUCUAGGUUGGGCCAAACAUUAUGAAUUUAGUGAAUCAGAUUUAAGAGUUGCCUGUGAUACUUUGGAUACUUGGAUUGAUACAACGGCUAUGGGAAGGACCAACUUACCGCCAGAGAAAGUCCCAUGGGACGCCCUAGUCACGCUGCUUUCACAAUCCAUCUAUGGUGGUAAAAUCGAUAACGAUUUCGAUCAAAGACUGUUACAUUCCUUCCUGAAUAAACUAUUUACUCCUAAGAGCUUUGAGAGCGACUUUGCUUUAGUGGCUAACAUCGACAAUGGACCUGGUGGAAAUAGACACAUUACAAUGCCAGAUGGUACUAGAAGGGAUCACUUCUUGAAGUGGAUCGAGAGUUUUGCUGAUAGACAAACUCCAGCUUGGUUGGGAUUACCAAAUAAUGCUGAAAAGGUCUUAUUAACAACUAGAGGUACCGAUCUAAUAGCCAAAUUAUUGAAAAUGCAGCAGCUGGAAGAUGACGACGAAUUGGCUUACUCUAUUGAUGACAGCUCGCCUACAGAUCAUGCAGAAAUUGACGGUCGACCAUCCUGGAUGAAGACUCUUCAUAACAGCGCUCAUACUUGGGUUAACUUGUUACCAACUUCUCUUCAAACCUUAAAACGAACUGUCGAAAAUAUCAAAGAUCCCCUUUAUAGAUAUUUUGAGAGGGAAGUCAAUUCUGCUUCCAAACUUCUCAUUGAUGUACUACACGAUCUUAAUGAUGUACUUUUGAUUUGUCAAGGGGAGAAAAAGCAAACCAAUUAUCACCGACUGAUGCUGGCUGAGCUAGUGAGAGGUAUUAUACCCAAGAAUUGGCACAGAUACACCAUACCGAAAGGUUGCACCGUCAUGCAAUGGAUUACCGACUUCAGCCAGAGGAUUAAGCAGCUGCAAAAGGUGUCUCAAGUAGUUUCUUCUUCGGGAGCUAAAGAGUUACAGAGUUUUCCUGUAUGGUUGGGUGGAUUACUAAAUCCAGAAGCCUACAUAACCGCCACAAGACAAUGCGUUGCCCAGGCCAACAGCUGGCCGUUGGAAGAACUCCAUCUAGAUGUUACAAUCACGGAUAGUAACGACAAAGAUUCUAUUCCUCACGAUUGUUUUGCUGUCAUUGGUAUUAAACUGCAAGGUGCUCAAUGUCGCAACAAUCAACUGCUACUCACCUCCAGCAUCAUGAUAGAACUACCAAUCACUCUUUUCCGAUGGGUCCGAAUUACUGGCGACGAGAAACUGAAAGAGGGAAAACUUUCUCUUCCUCUUUAUCUAAACUCUACUAGGACCGAACUGUUGUAUACGGUAGAACUGAAUAUCGCAGCAGGACAGGACCCACACAGCUUCUAUGAACGUGGCGUAGCAUUACUUACAUCCACUUCUUUGAACUAAAUGUUGUAUCGUUAUUAUACUAUUUAUUUGAGCUUUAAUAUUAAUCGUCUAUUUAUUAUUUGUUUACAAUAUUAUGAGAUAAAAUAGUUGAAUUUACUUUUUAUUAAUAAAUAAUUAAGAAUUAUA